CUAAUUAUGGCAUCAAGACCUGAAAAGGGUGAAGCCUCAUGCAACCCGUCGAUACCACACCUUUUCUCCAUCUGAAAAAUACUCUCAUUCUGGAAACCUCCGCUGCGUCUUCUCUCGCACUUCCGAGCCCUGGACCCAUCAACCGCCAUCCAUCAUCCAUCAUCCAUGGCGAUCACUUGCCCCGCUCCCGACAAUGGACCACCCCCCCUCUUUUUCUAGCAGAAGCACCAGAAGCAGCCCCGCAAGGGAAUAGUCCGUCAUGGAAGUGUCAGACAUGCAGCUUUUCGCAUCUUUUUGCUCUUUAGGUUGGAAAACCUCCCUCCAUCUUUCACUCCCCCACGGCCCGCGUGUCGAUCCUGUAUUGCUGAGAGAUCCUCGACGAAUUGCCGUCUCAUUCGAUCGAACUGAGAGGAGGGCCCAUGUCUUGCCCUCAUUGGUCUUCACCGCAACUGCUUGGUCUAUUGGUUUCAGCAGCUGUCCGGGGUUCACUUCGGACUCGAUGAGCUAUUGAUGGCCGCUCUUGUGUGCCAUGUAUAUCUCCUCGCUGGUCUACUUGGCACGCAUACACACAGGCGCGGGCCAAUGUCUUUGGUUCCCAAGAGGCGCUGGAAUACCAGAUUGACUCAGACUCAAGAUGGCGCACUCGAUGCGACACAGCAGACACUCGCAAUUCCAUGGGUCUCGGCAGCUUGCGUCGGCCUGAGGUCCAUGGCAAAACAGCUUUUACUCUGUCCUCCCUCACAAGGUCCCGGCUUUCCGUCGACCUCGAGGGCUCUUGCGGUGUGUCGGGGCCGGCCAUGUCUGAAGGCUGGCUCUCUCUUUCAACCAAGCUGGAAGCUGACGAAACAAGUUGUUUUGGCUCUUUCUUUGCUUUUUUGCAUGUUUCAAACCGUCGAGUUACACGGGAAAAAGAGGGUUCUGCUGCAACAUGGACACAUGGACUCGGUCAAAGCAACAAGGUUGCCAUCCCAGGCCGCUGUCAUCUUGUGGGCUUUGGAGAUCUCGGACUUGCUUGCUGUUAUCGGCACAUAUAAAGCAGCUGGAUCCCUCCCAGCUCAUGUCUGCUUUCAGUCUGUCCAUCAGCAGCAAGCACAAGCAAGCAGUCUGAACUAGAACUCGGGCUUGGUUUGGUCAUAUUGUGCCGUCUCUACCAGGACUAUAGUCUUUUGACAGUCUAGGACUACCUUCUUCGCCGCAAGCAACAGCCCCCCCAGAGACAACACACACACACACACACACACACACACACACACACACACACACACACAAUGCCUUCCUCCAGCUCCAAAUCCUCCAAGCCCAAGCCCUCCGAGGUUGCGUCGGAGACAAAAAAGUACUACACACCCUUGAUCAAACACGAAUACGCAAACCGAUGGCAGACCUGUUCCUACAUCUGCCGUCAGCCUUUGAUAGAUAUCCAGUUCGAAGACAGGCCCCCUAGUGUGACACCCCCCGUCUUUUACGUGUCCACGGGUGACCCGGUUGACAUGACGAUCAACUGGCAGAUCCAAUCGGGGACUUCUAUCCCCUUCAUUUGCGCGGCAAACGACAGGCGUCCCGGCGGCGACUGGGAGACCGGGGCGGUUGGCUACGAGGAACGCCUCUGCCGGCGAAGCACCCUUGCAGCGGCCUUGGCUACCCCAGGGCAGGGUUCUGACCUCAACGACCACUAUCCCAUCCCCAUCUGUGCCGGGAUCAUGUCUCAGGAUGUUGUCGUCUUCCGAGGGCCCCACGAUAAGUACGAGAAGCUCCCGCUGGAGCAAUGGCGAUCUCUCCCGGUUGUCUCCGUCCCACCACCGCGGUGGCCCAAACUGACACAGAACGGCACAAAAUACUCGUUUGCCGACGAACGGGAGAUGGUCAGGGACAAGCUUCGGGGUGCUCUUCGAAUCUGCGCCUACUAUCGCUAUGACACCGUCGUGAUUGGAGACUUUGGGUUGGGCAAUGGCUACCGGAACCCACCACAAGAGCUAGCGGAGCUCUGGCGGGAAGUGUUCCUCUACGACCCCGACCUCCGAGGCCGUAUCCGAUGCGUCAUGUUUGUCUUUGAAGAUCCCGCUCAAAGCACCAUGCAGCUCAUCCUCGACGAGAUUGCCAAGAAGGCCAAGGGGGGUUCAUCCAGCAAGUCGAAGAAGGGCGGCUCCAGUUCUUCCAACAGCAAUUGCCCCACCGACUUUCAGAUAUUCAACCAAGUAUUCGACAGUGCCGAGAUCCAGAGAGUAAUCGCAAGGCCGGAUGCGAGAUAUGGGUUAGACAAUCUUCUUGUCUAAUAACUAAGCCUUUCCUUUUCUACCCAGUCGGUUAGGCGUUUGGAGUCAGGUCGGUCCAAAAUCAUUUGCGGAUUAUGCCAGCAUUUGUUUGUGGGAGUGUGUGUGCAACAAAAAACUCCGUUGUGGUCUGCUCUUAGGGGGUUCACGGUGUUUGAUUUCUCUACAUAUUUCUCUUCUCCGGUUUUUGUUCCAUCACACAUCACAGCACGCUGGAUUGGCAGCUUGGCUGUAGGCGUUGGCCAUGGUGGGGUUGGUCCCAUAUCACUGUUCAUCAUUAUCCUAAUAUUGUGUGUUCUCAGAGCCAAAUAAUACGUUAUUAAACCCCUG